UACAUGCUAUUAUAAUAUGAUAAAACCUAAUUAAGACUAUUAGUAACGAAAUAAACAUUAUCAAUAUGCUGUCACAUUGUUUGCGUAUACAAAUUGCUGGUAUUAACAAACUUGCAGUAUUCGAACUUCAGUCGCCGGUCGCGCUCGCGUCGCUCCACGCACUUACUAAUAAUGCCAACAUAUAAAGUGAAAUAGAAAAAUAUAUUAAAAGAAUCUGAAUCUAACAAUUAAUAUUUUUUUUAUUAACUAUAAAGCGUGUUUAAAAGGAACUUGUGUUAAUUAAUAACAAUGGCUAGUGUCCUGAAGGCUCUACAGGGUGUAACAACGGAGGCGACGGAGAUGACGGAGACAGAAAAUGCAGAAUGCAGGAUGCUUCAGGUCAAUAUGACCAACGUCUCCCAUACACCAGCGGACAUCGAGUUCACUGACAUUAAAUUGAUAGUGUCAAUGGGGCUGAUGUCUAAGAAGAAAACGAUACUGCAUGGUGUUUCUGGGUUAUUCAAAUCAGGGGAACUUACAGUCAUUAUGGGACCCUCGGGUGCUGGAAAAACCUCGCUUCUGAAUGCUCUUACUGGUUUCUCGACCAAAGGCGUAACGGGUACGAUACGCGGCGGCGAACAUGUAUGCGAAUUUGGAAAGGACAAGAACCCAACAGAAGCUCUAAAAAAAUAUAGAAAGAAAUCGUGUUACAUAUUGCAAGAUGACAGACUAGAUCCGCUGUUUACAGUCGCCGAGCACAUGAAAUUCGCGGCCGAUAUGAAACUUGGUAACGGUCUCACCGACAAGAUAAAGCAAUCUGUGAUUAAUGAUAUCCUAGAAACCUUGGGACUAUCACACACCAGGCAAACCAGAUCAGGGUUCCUCUCAGGGGGACAAAGGAAACGGUUGUCUAUAGCAUUAGAACUCAUUGACAAUCCACCAAAUUUUUUGGAUGAGCCGACUACAGGUUUAGACAGUUUGACAACGAUACAAUGCGUUGAGAUGUUGAAGAGCCUAGCACGAAGCGGCCGCACUGUAGUGUGCACUAUACAUCAGCCUUCGGCAUCAAUAUAUUCCAUGUUCGAUCAGGUCUACAUAUUAGCAGAAGGCAUGUGUGUAUUCCGCGGCCCGAGUGAUAACACAGUGCCGUAUCUGGCGUCGGUGGGUCUACAAUGCCCCAAAUACCAUAAUCCUGCAGACUAUAUUCUAGAAGUAGCCAAUGGUGAAUAUGGAAAGUUUAACGAAAUGCUAGCAGAGAAAUGUAGUCAAUUGGAAAAAGUUCACACCACAGCUAGUAAUAAUAACGCAACUAUAGCUGAAAAGGAUUCUGGUGAAAAAAUUGACGUCAUUCUCAGUCCUCCUCAUGAGCUUUACAAAUUCUUCAUACUUACCAAGAGAUUUUUAUUACAACAACAUCGAGACUGGACUACAACACAUUUAAGAAUAUUAAUACACUUGGUGAUCGGAAUUUUCUUGGGCUUCUUCUUCGACAACACUGGUAGCGAUGGUUCUAAGACAUUGAGCAACAUGGGCUACAUACUUACCUCAUUGACAUACCUUGCCUACACUUCAGCUAUGCCUGCGGUGCUCAAAUUUCCAUCAGAAUUAGCUGUUCUCAAGAAGGAAAACUUUAACAAUUGGUACAAUUUAAAAACGUAUUAUGCGGCUGCAUUGGCCAUCGGCAUACCUAUGCAGAUAUUUUACAGCAUUGUUUUUUCCAUUCCUUCAUACUUUCUGACUGGGCAGCCUCCUGAGUUUUAUCGUUUCGUGAUGUUUGUUCUGGUGUUGUCUAACGUGACAGUUUUAUCUGAUGGCAUUGGCAACGUUAUUGGUAGCUGCACCGAUCCUGUGAACGGCACGUUCUUCGCCGCUGUAACAACAUGCGCUAUGAUUGUAUUUUCCGGUUACCUGGUAUUGUUAAAAGAUAUGGGAUCUAUAAUGUACAAAGUGUCCUAUAUCUCAUUCAUGAGGUUCGGGUUUGAAAGUAUGGUGCUGGCAUUAUACUCUUAUGGAAGGAAACCACUGCCUUGUCCCACCACAAAAGAUUACUGUCACAUAAGGUUCAAAUUACUCUUAGUAAGUUUAGCAAUAAUGGGAACAGUUAACCUAACAGAUGUAAAUUACUACCAAAUAUUAGGAAUUUCAAAGCAGUCUUCAACGCAAGAGAUUAGACAAGCCUAUAAGAAACUGGCAAUAAAAUUUCAUCCAGACAAAAACUCGAAUAAAGGAGAGCAAGAAAAAUUCCUUAAAAUCACAGAAGCAUAUGAAACUUUGAAAGAUCCUGAAAAGAGACGGAACUAUGAUCUCUAUGGAACAUUCUCUUCGUACACAAGAAAGUAUGACUAUCAGUCCCAAUCUGAGUAUGACAAUUUGUUUUACAAUGGAUUAUACCAUGACAGUCCUUAUGUAGAUACACUAUCAGGACAAAAUUUUUAUAAUUAUCUAAAUGAAGGCUUUCACUUCAUUAACUUCUACUCACCAUUUUGCCCUCCAUGUCAGAAAUUAGUUGAUCACUGGAAAAAGUUGGCAGAAAUAUAUAAGGGUAUUGUUAAAAUCGGGGCCGUGAACUGUAAAUACCAUAAUUCAUUCUGUUACAACUCAAUGAGAAUAGGCAGUUAUCCUUCACUACUGUUUUAUCCUAAUGGUAAACACGGUAAUUAUAUAUACUACCGAGGUGAUCGCACCCUUGAUGCCUUGGACCAAUUCAUCAUGUCAUACCUGAGAAGCCUUGUCCACGUACCCACUGUCUCGCAACUGAGGAGUAAAGAUGCACCAAUGGCUUAUGUGCUGGGCACUAACAGGAUCGAUAGAAAUGCGCUAACCAGGAUUGCAUUUCAUUUGAAAAAUCUAGUCACACUUGUCAUAAUCGACGACGAUAGCCUACGUGAGAAACUGACAAGUGAUGAGUAUACAACAGUUGUGUAUAGGUAUAAAGAAAAUACUAUAGAAAUAAAAAGCACAGAAGAGAAAGAUGUCCUUAAAGAAAUUGUAGAUGCUCUACCAAAGACAGAAUCGAUAAACCCGAAUAGAUUGAAGGAAAUAAGGAACAAACUUCGAAAUGGUCAAUCGAAACCAUGGGUGUUGUAUUUCUUUACCAAAAAUCAUAAUAGACUUUUGUUAAAUCAAAUGAGAUUGGAAUUCCCUGAUUUGCAUUUUGGUGAAAUCGACUGCGACAAAUGGGGCGAACUAUGCGCGUCACUACAGGCGGGUGAACCGCGGGAGGACGCGGUAUGGGGUGCACUCAAGCGAGGCGGUGCCUACCACCGCGCCGCCGAUACACAGGACAUUCAGAACUUCAUUCGAAACGCCGUAAUGGCUACCAGGCUACACACGUUGUCGGCUUCUGAUUUGACGCGGAUACUCGACGGAGAAAUGGGCUUUUGGAUAUUAGUCGUCAUACCGUAUCAAGUCCAAUGGGAUCAUAUAGCUCAAACAUUCACGCGUAUAAGCUUACACUACGACAAUUCAGAGGAAAUGAAUUUCGGCAUAAUGUCGUGUACCAUGGAUACGGAGAAAAUCUGCCGCGAAUUCGCCCCUAGCCAGCCCACCGUAUACUUGCAGGAGGGCCGCAAGCGACACGUGUACAGCGGGAAAAUUGACGAGCACAACCUUUUGGAGUAUAUACAGCUGAUUAUGGACAGCGAUGACUUGGAGUUAGAUGAGCAUCAGGCGCUGGAAAUCUUGGAUGCGUCCAGUCGUGAGCACAGCUGGCUGGUGGCAUAUUUCCCGGCUCAGUGCGGACGCGUAUGCGAUCAGUUAGAACACGAAUGGCGUAUUGUUGCACAGAAGUUGCGGCCGUUGGACUUUGUACGCGUGGGUAUAUUGCGGUGCGUUCGCGGCGCGAGCGGACUGUGCUCUAACGUUCGCUCGCCGAGCGCAAGGUUGUAUCCACUGGCAGCAGCGCAACAUUACACAAUAAGUCUGCAACAUCUAUCUGAAGCACCUUACAUACUAGAAUGGGCGCUGGGCCAUAUCGACGAAUCGGUGGAAAAACUUAACUGGCAAACAUUCACUCGAAAUGUUAUCUCAGAGGACCUAAAUCCUGCCAGUAAAAGAAAACCCUGGCUGGUAUACUUCCACUCCCCGCGGUGUUACACGUGCUAUGAGAUGUAUACUGAUUUCGCGAUAACUGGCAUUUUGCUCGACAACGCAGUACAAUUGGGCAAAGUCAAUUGCAUAACGGAACGCGGUGUCUGCCAACACGAACAAAUUACGAGUUACCCCUCCUUGAAGUUGUACCUCGGUAGGAGCGCGCGCCAACAAUUUAGCAGCGUAAUAUCUUUCAAGGUUAAAGACUACGCAAGUCUCAUUAACGAGAUCAAACCACACUUGGUGAGGUACGAGGAGAAUAUCCUAGCUGGUGUGGACGAUCUAGGCGUGCGAGGGCAAGCUUUUCAUGUUAAACAUGAUGAGUUCUAAUGUUAAAGAAGUUACCAAGUGAUAUUUCUUUUGGGUGUUCAAGAUCCUUUGUUUAGACAUCCAGUCCUUGCUAUUUUUUCUAAUCAAUGAUAAUAGAAUGGUAACCCCGCCUGUGCUAAUAGUAUACGCUGGCAGGGCACCAGUGAGGGAUGAUAUGUAAGAAUGAAAAGGCAGGGCAGUCCAUCGUGGUGAAUUCACCUGGAAUUUAGCACGAUGGUCGACCUGGUUAUAUUGCUAGCAAUAGUACUAGCAUUUACAUUUAGCUUUACUAACAAAACAUACCUACCACUACAAUUACAUACCUACAAUUACAUAGGGAUCGUCAAAUGUAUGCUCUGUGUAUGUGAAAAAGCCCUUAGAUAGCAUCGUGAGAUUAAGUUUCUCAAAUAAAUAGUACUAAUUUCGUAAUGUUAAUGAAUAAGUAACGGAAGGCUUGCACAGCCGAGGUAGAGUUCGAGUCCAGUCAUUUUUUUUCAACGUAGGUACUCGUAAUGUUUGAGAAUCCUGUAUAUUUAAAAAAAAAAAAACAAAGAA